AUGCGAUGGUGGGCCGGUGAGCAAAGGAGCGUGACGAGCCGACGUACGGCCGUGGAAUUGUGUGACAGCGAUCGCUGUCGCUCCGUGCACGGAAUUAGUGGUGGAUUUGUUUUUCAUCAAGGGUACCAUCAGGCGGCGCUAAAGCCCGCCCCCAACCUAACCCGUCUCCUACCCACACGCUGCCGCCGGCCGUCCGCCCGCCCCACCCUACCCACGCGCUGCUGCUGCCGUCCGACCGCCCCACCCUACCCACGCGCCUCCGUCGCGAACCCCACCACAUCCCUCAAUCGCACACCGACGCCCUCUCCCUCCGCUCCGGCCGCCGCCUUCUCCCCGCGCUCCGGCCUGCAACAACGGCCUUCUCUCUCUCCCAGCGCUCCGGCCUUCUCUCUCCCAGCGCUCCGGCCUUCUCUCUCCCGCGCUUCGGCCCUCUCUCUCCUAGCGCUCCGGCCCUCUCCCUUCCCGAGCUUCGGCCUCCUCCCUCUCCCGAGCUCCGGCCUCCUCCCUCCCCGCGCUCCAGCGUCCUCCCUCCCCGCGCUCCGGCCUCCUCGCACUCCUCGGUCUAUUCGCCUUGCUACUGUGGUCCGGUCGCCUUCGUCACCGCGCUCCAUCCGCCUUUCUCCUCGAGGUUCGGCCGCCUCCCCCUUUCCCCGAGGCCCCACGGCUGCGUCGCCGCCGCCCAACCGCUCGGUCCACAAGCUAGGGAUCUGGGCCGCCCUCCUCGCCGUGGUGGCCCUACUGGCCGUUGGUGACAGAAGCGGGGUGGAGGUUUUUAAAGCUUGUCUGUGCCUGCAUGCUGAUCCAUCUACAAGUAGACAACAAUUGCAGGACCUGCGCACAACACUCGGUACCGAGGCAAAAUUCAUAGUUGUAGUUGUCUGCAAUUUACUAUGGGAAAAGGUCAGAAGAUUGUCCUUCCAGCGUGUCGUGGCCACCUCCCCACAGCACCGCCUCCAUCCAGCGCGCCGCCCUGCUUCCCCACAGCGUGCCGCCGCAGGCGUAACCCUACAUCGCACAUUGAGAAAUGGUGGCGCGCGGGGUGUGAGGCGGCGUCUCCCCACCAUUUUUGUAGGUUGCCGCAAAAACAAGAUGCACAAGUUCAUCUUUUGUAUGCUUUUCAGUACAUCUACUUCCCAAUGCUCGAUCCAGGAGGUGCUAGCUCAUGCUGGCUGGAACUAGGAUGCAAAAGGGUUGACGGAUCCAUGCCGCACAAGCACUGCGCCAUGCUCAGUCCAACCACGUGGCUUCAGGGUGGCCGAGUUCGUCGCGACCAUCAGUUCAGAGACCUGCGUCACUGCUCGUGUCGCUACCAUGGCCACCUGCAUCACUGCGUGAUCGGUCAACAACCUCCUGCACAAGGAAAAGCAACAGGAGUAGAGGCGUCUGAGAUGCUCUUUUCUGGCGAGGUGGCUGAUUAUGGUUGUCAGUUUGUAAUACUUUGGCCGCAGUGUACUUAUGUAUCUUUUUCUGGCCGGAGCAUGACCUGAACUUGUGUCAGUAAGAACUUUGAUUGUGAUGGUACUACAAACUCUAUAAAAACACCAGCAAUCCAUUUUUACCGGUACUUACCUUUUAUUCAA